UGCUGCCGCCGCCGCCGAGGCCGCGGGCCUGGUAGGGCCGCUGUUGCCGCGGAGACCGGUUGCCAUGGUUGCCGGCGGAGGGGCGGGAGGGGGGAGGGGGCGGAUCGCACGGACGCCGCAGCCACCCAGAAGGCCCCGCGCGCCGCCGCUGCCACCGCCACCAGCCGCCGCAGCCUCGCCCUGGCCCGCACCAUGAAGGCCCCGAGCAGUCGGUCGGUGCUGCUCGCUGCCCUCUUACCGCUCUCCGCCGCCUUCUACCUGCCCGGCCUGGCGCCCGUCAGCUUCUGCCAGAAGGACGAGGAGACCGAGACGUGCAAGUCAAAUAUUGAAGUAUUUGUGAAUAGACUGGACUCUGUGGAAUCCGUCCUACCGUAUGAAUAUGAUGCGUUUGACUUUUGCCAGAAUGAUACUGAGAAACGGCCUUCAGAGAAUUUGGGGCAGGUGUUAUUUGGAGAGAGAAUUGAGUCAUCCCCAUACAAGUUUACUUUUAACAAACCUGAAACAUGUAAACCAAUUUGCAUGAAAUCUUAUGAACCAAAAGAUAAAGUGAGUGCAGACAAACUGUCUUUCAUAAAGAAAGGAAUUCUCCUGAAUUACCAACAUCAUUGGAUCAUUGAUAACAUGCCUGUCACAUGGUGCUAUGAUGUAGAAGAUGGCCAAAAGUUUUGUAAUCCAGGAUUUCCUAUUGGAUGCUUUGUUACUCAGGAUGGCCACCCAAAAGAUGCCUGUGUCAUCAAUUCUGAAUUCAACAAGAAGAACACCUAUUAUGUUUUCAAUCAUGUGGAUAUCUUCAUUACAUACCACAAAGGAACGAACAAAGAAUGGGAAGGUGCACGAUUGGUUGCUGCAAAAUUAGUACCCAAAAGUUACAGCCAUGUGGACUCAACCCACUUAAAUUGUGAUGGAGCUCCGAUGGAAAUUCCUGCUGAAGACAAGGAUAAGAAAAUAAAUAUUGUGUACACCUAUUCGGUUACAUUUACAGAAGAUGCUAAGAUAAAGUGGGCUUCCAGAUGGGAUUACAUUUUGGAGUCCAUGCCACACACAAAUAUUCAGUGGUUUAGUAUUAUGAAUUCCCUUGUGAUUGUCCUCUUCUUAUCUGGAAUGGUGGCAAUGAUUAUGCUUCGGACUCUACACAAAGAUAUCGCCAGAUAUAAUCAAAUUGACUCAGCAGAGGAUGCCCAAGAAGAAUUUGGUUGGAAGCUGGUGCAUGGAGAUAUCUUCAGGCCCCCCAGAAAAGGAAUGCUGUUAUCAGUUUUCCUUGGUCAAGGAACACAGAUCUUCAUAAUGAUGUUUAUCACUCUUUUCCUUGCGUGUCUUGGGUUCCUUUCGCCUGCAAACCGAGGAGCGCUGAUGACCUGUGCUGUUGUCCUCUGGGUCUUGUUAGGAACACCUGCAGGAUAUGUUUCUGCACGAAUGUACAAGACAUUUGGUGGUGAGAAAUGGAAAACCAACGUUCUCUUGACUUCUUUCCUUUGUCCUGGAAUUGUCUUCAUUGAUUUCUUUAUCACAAACCUUAUCCUCUGGGUGGAAGGAUCAUCUGCUGCCAUUCCCUUCGGCACACUAGUAGCAAUUUUGGCGAUGUGGUUUGGAAUUUCAGUACCAUUGACUUUUGUUGGUGCUUAUUUUGGAUUUAAGAAAAGGCCUAUUGAUCACCCUGUGCGUACAAAUCAGAUCCCACGUCAAAUCCCAGAGCAAUCCUUCUUCACCAAACCAUUACCGGGUAUCGUCAUGGGUGGCAUCCUGCCGUUUGGGUGCAUCUUCAUCCAGCUGUUUUUUAUUCUGAACAGCAUCUGGUCUCAUCAGAUGUACUACAUGUUCGGUUUCCUGUUCCUGGUGUUCAUCAUUCUCCUCAUCACUUGCUCAGAAGCCACUAUCCUGCUCUGUUACUUCCACCUUUGUGCAGAGGAUUAUCACUGGUGGUGGAGGUCGUUCCUGACGAGUGGUUUCACAGCUGUUUACUUCUUUGUAUACGCUGUUCAUUACUUCUUCUCCAAGCUUCAAAUUUCUGGGGCUGCAAGCACAAUUUUAUACUUCGGCUACACGCUCAUCAUGGUCUUGAUUUUCUUUCUCUUUACAGGAACUGUUGGAUUUUUCGCUUGUUUCUGGUUUGUCAACAAGAUCUAUAGUGUUGUGAAGGUGGAUUAAUUAAGACCUCCACAUGUAUGAUGUGUAUUUUCUUUACCUUUGCAUUUAAAAUAUUUAUCGUAUAGCUUCAAUCCUGGACACUUUCUAAACACUGUUCACUUUUAAUUGCAAAUCUAGAAUAAUUGCAACAAUAAAAAUAGUUUAGUCCAUGAUUUCACAUUUUUGCAAUCAUGCAAUCAGUUAGAGCGACUGGUCAGAGGGCUUGGCUGUUAUUUCCAUGUUCAGAUGUCUAAUUCAGUGCAUACGUUCCCCUUUCCAUUUUGAUUUGUAGUGCAUGCUUAGGGUUUGCUCUCUGAUUCUUUGCCACUGGCAGGGACUGUCUUGCCCAGUAAGAUAGCAUUUGGAUAUGUGGGCACCUUCAAGUGCAUUUGAACUGUUGGAGAGCCACAAUGCAAUAACAUUGCUGGAUUUUCAAGAUGCACUUUCCCUUUGAUAGCAUAGCGCUGUGAAGCGAUUCUGCUCUGGUGGUUCCGAAGAUGUUGGUCAUCGUGCUCUUGUGUUUUUAUUUCCAAAGUAUGUGCUCAAAUAAUAACUGAAUAAUUUUACUGAAAGUGGAUUUUGAAGUGCUACAUUAGGACAAUUGCAAUAAUUAUCAAUUCACUGUACAUAGACAUUUCAUUCACCUUUGUAAUGUAAAUAGACGGAACUGCAUUAACCCAUUCCUUCCCUAUCCCCUCUAAAGCUAGGCCUUUGUUCCCACUUCCCAACAGCGACAAGGAUUUGAUCUUUCAUUGGUAUUUUCUUGUACUGUGAUAUUUUGUAAAUAUUCCCAAAUCCACAUCAAUUUGAACCAAGGAUUGUGUAUUGGUGCUGGAGUAGCACAGAUUGGUGGCUUUAUCUAUCCGCAGUGCCUGAUUAUGUCUUGAACAUUUACCAAUAUUUGUUCAAUAAACUUGAGAUGAAUCAC